UUCUCAUCUUAAGCAUCCAUCCUUCCACCACCCUUGUGUUCUCCUCCCACCUUCCACCCCCCUUGUUCCUCACGUCCGAGGCCGGCCGAUCGAUGGAGGAGGACGCCGGCACGCCACCGGCCGCUCUCACGGCCAUCGUCGUCAAGGGCAAGCGCAGCAAGCGGCGGCGCCUGCACGCGGUGCUCGCGGUGACCACGGCCAGCGCCGCGGGAGAGCUCGAGUCGUCGUCGUCCUCGGUGGCCGAUGGCGGCGGGUGGAGGUCUGGGGCUGAUGAGGCGGCCUCCGGGUGCGUGACGGAGGAGGAGGAGGACAUGGCGCUCUGCCUCAUGCUGCUCGCGCGCGGCGGCCAAGGAAGCAGCGGGGCCGGGCCGUCCUCCUCGUCGUCAUCGGUGAUGGUCGUCGUGGGCGCCCCGGACGCGGCGGAGUCUACGGCGGGGCUGGUGAAGGACAGGAAGUUCCGGAGCCGUCGCCCCGCGGACGGCGGCGAGGGGGAGUUCGUGUACGAGUGCCGGACGUGCGGCAAGUGCUUCCCGUCCUUCCAGGCGCUCGGCGGCCACCGCACCAGCCACAAGAAGCCGCGACUACCGCUCCCGCCCACCACCACCACGACCACGGCGACGUCGUCCGAGGAGAAGAAGCUGCCGCCGCAGGUCGCCGAGGAGAAGACGCCACCGCCGUCGCCGGCCACUGCCGUCGAUCGCACGGUGCUGGCGAUCCCGGUCCCGGCGACGCCGCCUAAGCAAGAAGGGACGACCGGCGGGUCGUCGAAGCAGCAGGGGCAGGGGCAGGGUCGGGUGCACGAGUGCUCCAUCUGCGGCGCGGAGUUCGGGUCCGGGCAGGCGCUGGGCGGGCACAUGCGGCGGCACCGGCCGCUCCUGCCGGCGUCGGCGUCCAUGUCGUCGGCGGUGCUGGUGAUCAGGAAGGAGAAGAGCCUCCUGGAGCUGGAUCUCAACAUGCCGGCGCCCUGCGACGACCCUUCCGGCGCCGGCGCCGAGGCGACGUCGCCGGGCGGCUCUUUCACGUUUGCCGCCAAGGAGCGGCCGUCGUCGGCGUCUCUGCUGCCGUUCCCGGCGACGGCGUCGGCCCUGGUGGACUGCCAUUACUAGCCGUCGAUGAAGCAAAGCACACACACAGACAGUAAUUAGCUCCUCUGUUUCUUUCCCAUUUCUUCCACAACUGCACACACUCACAUACACAUGCAUAGUAGUACAUGCCAAUGCCAAUGCCAAUGCCAUGCUGUGGUCUAAAACCAUACAUACAUACAUACAUACAUACAUAUUCUUUCUCCUUGUUCCUUUUUACCAUUUGUUCUCUUCAAAUUGAUUGAUUAUUGAUGAUUGGAAACUGGUGGCCAGUGUAAAAUUUGCCUGAAAUUUAACAUUGUUAUGUGAUUAAAUUCAUUCAUUCACCGAGAUUGGCUGAUCAAGCAAGCAGUGUUCCCCUCUU